AUCUUAAACCCAGGAGAGAAAAUUGGAGAAUUAGAGAAUUACGGAAACCAGAACCACCGCCACCACCACCAAUGCCGCCCCCGAUCGUAGGAUCAAAAAAACGCAUCCGUCAAUCCGCGGACUCGAAGCCAGCGGUUAAGCGUGCAAAGACAAACAAUGGCCACAAGGUCACCCUCGACGAAUUGGGAUGGAAAGAGGUUCCUAUGCCCGAUAGGUUAGAUGAUGUCGAGGGGUUUUACGGACUUGAUGAAAUUGACGGAGUGGAUGUUGAGAUUGAUGGGAGUGGGAAGGUUGAAUACAAGGUUUGUAGCUUGGAUGGGGGGUUGCACAUAGCAGGGAAAGGGAUGCUGAUUGGGGUUUUAGGUCAGCACUUUGGCGAAGGGGGGGAAUAAGAAGGAGGAGGAAGAGGUAGUGGAUGGUGAGGAUGAGUGGGGGGGAAUUGAAAGUGAUGAGGACUCCGGGAAAGAAGUGAUUUCCAAAAAGGCGCAAAAGGCGAAGAAGAAAGAGCCGGCAAAGUCGGGGAAGCAACAAAAGAAAGACAAAAAGCUCAAGUCCGAGGAUAACGAGCUCGGAGGUUCCUUUGCUCUAUUAUCGGAUGAAGAUGAAGACGGUAAAAUACCCUCGUGCCCCCACUAUCCAUCAAACCAAAAGGAGUUAAUCAUCUGCCGAAUAGUCUUCCUCCCGGCCUGGGACUCCCUAAACCUCUCCCUCCCCACUCUCCGUGCCCUCUCAAAGCUAAGUUUUAACACUCCUACGCCCAUUCAGUCCUCUGCGAUCCCCGAGAUUGGCGCUGGCCAUGACCUCAUCGGCAAAGCCAGCACAGGUUCCGGCAAGACCCUUGCAUUUGGAAUACCGAUUCUGGAGUACUACCUCUCCCGCCCGUGCAAAAGCUCCAAGACCAAGGAGGAGGAGGAGGAGAAAUUGCCCAUGGCGCUAAUACUCUCCCCGACGAGGGAGCUGGCGCAUCAGCUACAUGCGCACUUGAAGGCAUUGACGGCGUACGCACCGGAUAUGUCGAUCGUGUUGGUUACCGGAGGGCUCUCGCUACAGAAGCAGCUUCGGAAAUUGACUGAGAGGGGCGGCGCCGAUGUGAUUGUUGCUACGCCGGGGAGACUGUGGGAGGUUGUUUCGGAGGGCCAGGGUUGGAUAGCCAAGUUGAGGAGUGGAUUGAAGUUUUUGGUCGUGGAUGAAGCAGAUAGGCUUUUACAGGAAGGACACUUUAAGGAGGUUGAGGAAGUCAUGAACCUCAUUGGGCGGAGGGACGCUGGGAGUGAGGGUGAGAGUGGGAGUGAGGGUGACGCCGACGAGGACGAGUAUUCUAAGAGGAAUUCUGUUAAGAGGAAGAGUCAGGAGCGAGCGAUUGAGCGGCAAACGUUGGUCUUUUCGGCGACGUUUCAUAAAGGUUUGCAGCAGAAGCUUGCUGGGAGGGGUGGGAAGAAGGGAUUGGGCGGCGACUUGAUGGGUCAGAGGGAGAGUAUGGAGUAUCUGCUCAAAAAACUCAAGUUCAAAGACAAAGCCCCCAAGUUCAUCGACGCCAAUCCCGUCGGACAGCUUGCGGAAAGGCUAAGGGAAGGGAUCAUCGAAUGUGGCGCUAUGGAAAAGGUACUAAUCACCCCCCAUUUUAUAUCUUCUAAUACUAACAAUCUCCCCUUCUAGGACCUCUACUUAUACUACCUCCUCCUCCGCUACCCCUCCAAGACUCUAAUUUUUACCAACUCAAUAACUUCUGUCAAGCGCCUCUCGCCGCUCCUAGCAAACCUAAGUCUCCCCGCCCACCCCCUCCACUCCAAAAUGAUACAAAAGGCCCGCCUCCGCUCCUUAGAGCGCUUCUCCUCUCCAACCUCCCCUCACUCCAUCUUAAUAGCAACGGACGUCGCCGCCCGCGGCCUCGACAUACAAAAUGUCGACCUAAUAAUCCAUUACCACCUUCCCCAUACGGCAGACACAUACGUCCACCGCUCGGGCCGCACAGCGCGUGGUGCGGAUGCCCGUGGGGUUAGUAUCCUACUAUGCUCGCCGGACGAAGUCAUCGGCGUGCGCAGACUGGUCGCAAAAGUGCACGACCCGGAAUCCCUAUCGACAGCACGCUACGCUAUGCGCUCUUUCGACGCCGAUAGGAGAUUAGUCACAAGGCUGAAGCGCCGCGUCGAGCUCGCCAAGAAAGUGGCCGACUGCCAGGUUGAAAAGGCGAAGAAGGGGCAUGAAGAUGAGUGGCUGAGAGUCGCGGCGGAGGAUCUAGGUGUCGAGUAUGACAGCGAUGGCUUCACCGGCGGCGGUGGCGGUGGGGCUGCGGCGGGGAAGAGGGGCAAGGGCAGGAAGAAACGCAGGGAGGCUGCGGCCGCAGCUACUAAGGCCGAAGUCGCGUCGUGGAAGGCAGAAUUGGCCGGGCUACUGAAGGAGAAGGUGAAUGCAGGGUUCUCGACAAAGUACCUGACCGCCGGGAACGUGAACCUUGCCCAGGCGCUAGUGAACAGCGAGGGGAUGAGUGCGAGUUUUUUGGGACUGGAGGAGAGAAGGGUUGUCGAUGAGGUUGGGGGGUAG